CUAUUAGAUUAUGCCUGGAUCUCGAAAAGUACGAUCGAAUGAUAUUGUGGUUCUCUGUUAUCACGUCGUCGAAUAGGAAAACUGAGUUCGGUAGAGCUUUCUCGGGUGAUAUCACCGUUUCGUUGUCAUUGAAUUUGAAUAAACUAUACCCGGAACGUCGGAUAAAAUCUUAUCCAGCAUGAUAUAUUUGGCCUGAUGUAGUGUUUUCGAAUAAAUAUAUACAUUCUCGAAUUUAAUCCCGUUCUCGUGAACCAACAACGUGAAAAUAAGAUUUCGUUUUCCCGCACCCCGACGGCCCUACAAUCAACGCCCUGAUAGAAUUCGGAAACAACGGCCCAUGCUUAGGCGGUAGCUUCUCGAUAUCACUAUUGCAUAGCGAUAACGGAUCGAUAUUAUCCACUUUGAGUUUUAUGUCUUGCCCGAUGAAUCGCAUUGUAUAAAUACGCGUGCCGAUCGUGCGAUGUGCUCAUAUAAUGUUACCACGUCGGAAGGUCAAGUCCAAUAGCGGUGCGGGUCUGUUGAACACUAUAAUAAAUAGAUUACCAUUCGAAUUACAUUUACCAGGUUAUCAGUACUGCGGACCUGGGACUAAUUUAGAAAAAAGACUUGCUCUCGGACAGACCAGCAUAAACGGUCUAGAUUCCGCGUGUAGAGACCACGAUAUAGCUUACGAGAAAAGUAAUUCUCUCUCCGAACGUAGUGCAGCGGACAGUGUUUUGGAAGAGCGAGCUUGGAGCAGAGUGGGCGCGAAAGACGCCAGUUAUAAGGAAAAAGCUGCCGCGUGGCUUGUAACCACUGGUAUGAAGGCUAAACGUAAAACCGGUGCUGGAUGCGGGUUCGGUAAUAUUGUCGGCGCGUGUAAAAAAGCGAUUAAAAAAUCGAUUAAAACGUGCCCGUCAACGCCGAUAUGGGUAAAUUAAUUAAAUCGGCGGUAU